GGCUUCACCAGACCUCACCUGUUCAGACAGACCUCACCUGCUCAGACAGACCUCACCUGUUCAGACAGACCUCACCUGUUCAGACAGACCUCACCUGCUCAGCGGACCUCACCUGCUUCCUUCCAUCAUGUCAUCACCGAACAGCAAAACCAAAGAGAAGCAUGAGAUGAUUGGACUCAACGACAAGUUCGUCCAGUUGAUUGACACGGUGAAAAACCUGGAAAACGAGAAAAGAAAGCUGGACGAGAAACUGAAGAUCCUGCGGUCGAAGGAGGACUACGCCGGGAGGGUGGACGACAUCGUGAGGCAGGAGAAGAUCGAGCUGGAACAGCAGGUGGAGACUUUGCUCAGGGACCAGGAGAAGCUGAAGGAUGAGCUGUCCACGAAACAGGAAGAGGUGGAGGACACCAAGAAGAGGUACGAGAAAGAGUUGAGUGACAGAGUUGAGAAGGAGAACAACUUUGUCAUAACCAAGAAGGAAGUGGAUGAAGGCCACAUAACAACUGUUGACCUCAAACUGGAGCUGGAGGAUCUGCUUGGAAAGCUGGAGCUCCUCAGGGCUGGAUUUGAUGAGGAAAUCAAGGAGCUGGAGUCUCAGGUCCAGAAUGAGAAGAGGGUCAUCUCUGACACCAACAAACGCUCCCUGGACCUGGAGCCCAUCAUCCAAAGCGUUGAGAUGAAGUACUCAGAGAUGGCAGUUCGUGCCAAAGAGGAAGCAGAACAGCUGAACCAGAAGAAGAUGAACGAUUUGGUCCAGACUGCAGGACAGCGCGAGCAGGAGCUGCGCGACAUAAAGCGGGACAUCGCAGAUCAGAUCCGCAUCAUCCAGAAGCUGAAGGUGGAGGUGGAGACUCUCAGGAGGAAGGAAGAGUCGCUGAGAAAAGCCAUGGAGGACGCCAGACAGAAUAGCGACCACGACAUGGAGAAGGCUCGAGCGGACAUCGCCGCUCUGGAGAACGCUCUGAAGGACAGGAAGAAGGAGCUGGCCAGGCAUUUCCGCGAGCAUCAGGAGCUGCUGAACAUCAAGCUGGGCCUGGACAUCGAGAUCGCCACCUAUCGGGAGCUCCUGGAGAACGAGGAGCAGAGGAUGAGGCACACCAUGCACCUCAUAGAUGUCUAAAUACAAACCAAGUCCUUACUUGCACGCAGACGCUAAACGGACGUCGGAGCCCCAGAAGCCCCCCUCCCUCUGGAGGGAACCCACUGUUGUCCCAGACUGCCCCGUUGCCCCGGUAACCUGCAGUUCCCCCAAACCCAUCGAAAUCCCCACAGUGCCCAAGAAGCGGCUGCUGAUCCGGUUGGAGGUGUCGUCAGGCCGGGUGGUGUCAGAAAGUUCCCACUACACCGACUGAUCAACUCCAACUCUGCUCCAUAUCCACAAAUGUGAAUUCAUUAUUUAAUAAUUCAUCUGAUAAAUUAACUUGUACUAAUAUUAUUCGGUGAUCCAACAGUGGCUCCGACAGAUUCAACAGUGUGCUGCAGUAGGGGCUUGAAGUAGUUCACAUCAGUGUUUUCCAGCUUUUCUCCAGGCGUUCGGCCUCUGGGGGGGGGGUGCUGGUCUUGCUGUUGUUCUCCUCAGACAUCAGUGACUAGAUCAUCACGUCCCCCUUAAAUCUGUGCUCGUCUCUCCUCUGUCUGAUGGAGAGCAAAGCUAGAGCUGCUUUCAAUGAUCUUUUUGGGGAAAUGUCAGCUGUUUGUCCUGGGAUGCAAAAGAAAAAAAAGGCUUUCUGUUUAUUGUCCUUCCAGUUCGCCAUGUUCUCAUGUCUGUCUGCAUCUUUGAACUCUGUAGGAGAAAAACCUCUAUUGUUAAUAAAAAACUAGCAAAAACGUG